GCCUUCUAGAAAGAAUUAAAGCAGGAUACUCAAUCACCCCCGGCCAGUGCCUGUGAGCUGCCAUGACUGCGGAUAGAGCUCUAGAAAACCAGGACAGUGAUUAGGGCUCUAGACUGACCCAGCUCAAUCUCCAUUAAAGCUGCCCCUUAAUGGUAAGAACCAGCUUGCUUUUAUUUAACCAUUAAUUGCUCAUAAUGUCUCUAAUCUUCAUGUUUGGCUCUGAAUUCUCGAUUGUACUUGUAUCCUGAAUAAUUCUAUAUGUCUACAUUUUAAACAAACUUGUAGGUGUGUGUAUGUUUGUGUAUUGUGUAUGUAUGUAUGUAUGUGUACACACACAUAUGAAUUGUUUUUCAUAUUUAGAUGAACAUAUAAUGAAAUAGCUAGAAAAAUAAAAACUUUGAAAUAGCUAGAAAGCUGCUACAUUUUACAGUUAUAAUAAAUAAUAUUUAAAUAAUGCCAGAUUAUGUCAUAUUAUAUAUUGUGUCUGGGUGAUCACGUGACCCCCUGAUUAUUAGACAUGUGUAUGUGUGUUUAGAACAUGCAUACAUUCACACACACUUUUACCCAAUUAAGUCAAAUAUGUUGAGGUGGCAUGGGGUUUUACAAACUAUUAGCACUGGAUUUCUCUAUUUGUUCACCGUGAUCCUUCAGUAACCCAAUCUUUACGACCACCCCUAGGUUUGGUAAACAAUUCUGUAAGUCAGGUACACCUGACUCAAUCCCUCCUCUGUCCCAGAGGUCCAUUUACAAGACUUAACAGGACUGGUUCUCUAUCUCUAUCAUAAUCCCUGCAAAGAUGCAAUGACAACAUUAUUUUAUUCAAUAUUAGCUUUAACUAAUCCUUUUUAUUUAAGGGAUAACAUUGCAGUAAAUACAGGGCUUGCUUUAAUGCACUUACUGACUCCCACAGGAUUGUAAAUACAUUUCUUGAAAACCCUCAAAUAUCUGAAGGGAUGGAGAGUUUGUUUGUGUGUGGCCCUGGGAGUUUGAUAAAUAUUUUCUUCCUCAUUAGUUCAACGACUCUCUUUAAUACUGAGAGAAAAAACAGUUUGCAGGUUUAGAAUUGAAACAUGAAACAGGGGUAAGGGAGCUGUGCCUAAUGCAAUAGUUUACAUAUAAACCAGUCAAUAACAGACUGUGUCCUGCUCUCUUUUAUGAUUGAAAUAUAAUAACUGGUACAGUCAAACAAGAUGACUACUUGUUGUGGUGCCCUGAUGUAAAGUUGUGUAGGAACACACCAUGUAAACAUCUGCAUCAAACAUUUAGUCACUGGCAAAAUAAAUCCAGUUUUAAGCUCUCUCUCUCCGGUUUGAGUCUGUUGUAAUAAACAAUUUCAAUUUUGUGGAAUUCAGACUUCAUGAAUAAUGAGAGUCGUUUUAACAGAAUUGAAAUUGCUUUUCUGUCCCUAUGUAGUUUAAAGUAAAUAGCAGGUUUGCUGUACAAUGUAAAUCAUACUACAUACUACACAAUAGCUUUUAGGGCUGUGAUGGUCUAAUCGCAGUUCUAGUUUAUGGUCCCUAAUAGAAGUUUGGUUGGGAGUAGUAGUGUGACUUUGCUGGGAUGCCCGGAGGGGGGAGAGGGGAGGGAGGGAUUUACAAUGUUGUACAACUCUAUCAGCACUCAGCAAACACGCACAAAGGGGUUAAUUUAGUCCCAACACAGUGAAGACUUUGUAAUUGAAAAUCAAUCAACCUGCUGGACUGUUGAGAACAAGGUCAGAGCUCAAUGAUCAAAGAAGAGAGGGGAGAGUUGGGAAAUAGUAUGGUGUGUGUAUGUGUAUUGGGGAGGGGGGGGAAUGUGUAUUCAGAGGAGUGUGGAAAAUAACGAUUUUAUACUUGCGUUCCAGAUCUAGUGCCAGAAAAAAUAAUAGCAGAAAAUGCAUUUCUAUUUUCAGACUGCUGUGAUCGGUUACAAGAUAUCAUCAGUGAUCUCUUGUCAUUUUAUAUCGAAUAUUUUUUUGUUGGGGGGAGGAGAGAAUUCAGAGGACUAAAAAUGAACUAUUUCAGUGCUGCGUUCACCCACUGAUUGCCCAGCUAGGGCUGGCACAGGCGAGGUGACAAAUAUUUAUGUGCCAGUUCUUUAAUUAAAGACAAGAUGCCAGCCAGGCACAAUCUUGAUAUCACGUUAUGGCAGUGACGACGUAAGUUGGCACCCCACGUGUUUCUCAACUGCAGCUCCCAUGCUGCUCAGCCUACCUAUAGACUGGCUGUGCAUGGUGGGAAAUGCAGUCCAAAAAUACUAUCAUAACUUUCUGCAGUGUCAAAGUUAGUCAUUACUUACCUAAUAUUAUCUUAAGGCUUGUUUGUUUGUUUUUUAUCCCUGAUAUUGGGUAGGCACCUUCUCUGCAUCAGAUUAUAAGAAUCUGGCAGAGGGUUGCAAUUUAUUUCCAUUUAUAUCAGAAUUGUGGCAUUUAUUGCCGUGCCAUUAAAUUGGACCGAGUAAUUUGGGUUUGCUUUGUUCUGCACAAUCUGCGAUGCCAGACAAGAUAAAGCCUUUCGUUUUUAUGAAUAUUGCCUCAUUGUUUCAUUGUAUGGACAAGGUAUUCAUUCUGAGUGAGUGGCCCCUAGAUCUGAUGAUGAUGUAACAAUUUAGUAUGAUAUAUUGGGAGCCAUUAAAAAUAUAGAGCCAGGCACUCCUUGUUGUCUGCAGUAUUACAUCUCAUUAACGAUGCACAUAUUGGAGAUAGACUAGAUAGCUGGAUGGGACUGCUAUUCAUUUUGUUUCAGCUGACUGAUCAAUUUAAGAGGUACUUUUUUUGGUUGAAAAUGACACCUAUAGUGAAUCUGGGGAAGGUCAAAUCUCAUUUUAAAUCAUGAGUAUAUUUAAAUGCAAAGAUCAAAUAUUAUUUGAAUGGAAAUGAAUAAAGAUUUUUAUUAUUUUAGUGUUGCUGUGAAAAAUAUAAUAAUGUUAAUUUAAUAACAAAUAAUAAUGUCUGUGUCAUCUACAUGAAGAAUGUGAUCUGGUGUAAAGGUUUCUGAAAACACUACAGAUGUCUACAUCUCUAAAAGGUGUAAAGUGCUGUGACUAUAGUGAUUUUCAUUUAUUCCUAGAAAACCGAAUAUUUGCAUACAGUUUAAAUAUCAUAUAUUAGCAGUGUAAAUUGUCUUGUUAGGACAUACAUAUGAAAACUCCGAAUUUUACAGUUGCACCUUGUUGCUAUGGCAGUAGUAUUCAUUGUAAGGCAUUCAUUGCUAUAGGGCUGCGUCACAGUAUUGGUUGAAGAAUUAAUGUUGUAUCAGUAUUUCUUGUGAAAGGAGGGGUACUGGCACACAGAGUAUACCAUAAAUAAGUAUUUAAAUAAUGUUUUUAAUAUCUCAUGUACCUGUCAAUAUGUGUGCUUCAUAUUAGGAUUAGUGCUAAUAUAGUACUACAAAUUAUGGGUACAAUACAUUGCAUUUAACUUAUUUUAAAUUCUCCUGAAUAACUUUAACAAGUAGUUUUCUAAAUUGUUAAAUAAUGGACAUAGUUCAGAAAUGAACAUGUAUCAUCUAUCUAUCUAUCUGCAUAUUGGAACUAUACAGCUAAUCUAAAUUGAAUUAAAUAUCUGCGGUUAGCAGCUGUUUAAAAGGACCCAGGGAAUCCUCACACCUUAAGGCAGAAGUCCUAAUUAUGUUUUUUUUUUUUUUUAUAUAUUGACAUUUUGUAUCUAUCUAUCUUAUUUCUCGAUACAGUGUUUUUACAUUCACUAUCCAGUAAUUUAUAUUAUUCAGUAAUUGAGUUGUUUCUUUAGUAGCAGUCUGUCCUAGAUGGAUAAAUGAAUGAAGGUGGGUGAGUUAGAAUGAUACAUUUCUCUCUGGGAGCAGUUCAUGUCCAGUGAUGCUCAGUACUGAGAGAAUGACCCUGUGCGUUAUCCUAUGAAUAUUAUUCACAGAUCUCUCUCUCUGCUGCUCCUUGUCCGGGUGUUAGCGCCCCCCUCUGACUCUAGAUAACACACAAUCUAAUCCUGGAACAGCAAUCUGCCCGCAGGUUCGUUCAGUCACUGAACUUUUACGUCUGUUGGACUUUUGAAGUCUGUAAAAAAACAUUUCCCAUAUUUAGCUAUAAAUAAUACACCUAUGUGUGUAUAUAUAAUUCAUAACACACCUGUACAGUUCUAACUAAUAAUACAACUAUAUAAAUAUAAACAAUAAAUCUUUAUAUUAUAUUGAACAACACACACACACACACACACACAUAUAGAUAUAUAGAUAUAGUGUGUGUGUAUACCAUAUCUACAAAAAAUAUAUAGCUACAAGUAAUAAUACACCUACAUAGCUACAAUAACUAGUACAACUAUAUAGCUAUUGCUAAAUAUGUAUUUAUAUAUAGUGUGUGUGUGUGUGUGUGUGUGUGUGUGUCAAUACACAUGUAUAGCUUUAAUAUAUACAGAGUUAUUCACUAAGGGGAAAUAAUUUCAAAUUUAAGGUCAAAAUAGCCAAAUUCUCUAAAUUCUCUAAAUCAGCUAUAUUUUCCUUUCAGCAACUCUGGCCUUAAAUCUGAAAUUCACUUUGAAUGCACUUGGAGUUCUCACUUUAGUAAAUAAAACCUGAUAGCUUUAACUAAUACACCUAUAGAGCUGUACAUAAUACACAUAUUGAUAGAAGUAUACAGCAAUAAAAAAUACAUCCAUAUAGAUAUAACUAAUACACAUAUAUAUUAUGAGACCAAGUAUUCAUAAUGGAAUUUUAUAUUCAACCAGACAACUGAUAUUAAUUAGCAGUUAAAAGACACUGUGAACAGUAAAUCAGCACAUUUUAAAUACAUCCCAUUCUACCUCCCUCUCCCUUUGUCUCUCAUGCCCACGAAUAAAUCUACAGGUAGGUCAAUAUAUAGAUCUGUAGGUAGUAUAAAAAUGUUACGUUUGAUUGUCUGCAGACAUGAUAAAACAGAUAUAACGAGCAGUGCAAGGGAAGUACUUUGUAUUUAGUGUAACAGUGGAAGCAUAAAAUAGAUUAUAUUAUUUUGCUACUUUGUAUUGUGAAUAGUAAUUGGAUGUUUUGGGCAGUCAUAAUAAAACCGAUAAAAUCGAACCCCAUAUUGUACCAUCUCUGUGAGUAGUUUUCUUUAUUUGUUUUGUAAUUCUGGUCAUUAUCAUUUUACUUUUUGUUCAGAAUAUUUGGGAUUUUAGACAGUUUUUUUUUUUUAUAUAUAAUUACUGGACUAUUUUUCACUACAAAAUUAAAGCAAUUAAAAUUCACACACACAUAUAUACACACACAGACACACACACACACACACUGAAUAUAUUAUUGUAAACUCAUCACAGGUAAUACUUUUACCCCCAUAACUAAACGUUUACCACUCGUGGGGAAAAAAAAAUAUUUAAUCAAUUGAAUUAUCACAUUGUAAUGUAUCCACAAAAUGUAGGACUUCCCAUUCAUGUUAAUUUAGUCUAUGCAUAAUUGUAAUCAGUGACAUUUUAGCUAUGUAAUAUAUUGAAAAAGCAAAGAAAGAAAAACAUAAUAGAAUAAAAAUUGUUUUCUUCCAAUUUAUUUUUCCUAUCUAUCUAUUUAUCUAUUUUUACCUAACAAACACACAGAAAAAAAUAUUCAGUGCUGCAUUCAAAAUAUCUUCUUCUCUAAAAAAAGGAAAUUUUAAAAACAUAGUUUCUCUAACAGUUGCUUUUAAACAUCUGUUUAGGAGAUCUAUUUACUAAACAAUGAGUUAUGGGGAUUUCACAACCCACCUGCAAAGGUUAGGAUGUUAUAUACAAUUUAUUGAAUAGACAUCUGUCCCUUAUCGUAUCAUUCAUUUUUGUCUCAUCAAACAUUAUCACAGAAUUGACAGGGAUCUGAUUCCAUCAAAAAUAUGUGUUUCCCAGCAUUGUAUCAGAAAUGUUUACGUUCCCUAAAUCUUGCUUUAGACCAUAUGGGGAGUAUACGGGAUGUAAAGAAAGGCUCGAUUCACAGAAAUUGACACCUGUUAAUCAUAGUCACACAGCUCCCCUUUUCCCACUCUGUCUAAGGUUGGUUGUACAAAGCCCCAUUGUUUCAGUGUCUUGCUAUAUUUCUCAUUGAAACCCAACAAGCACUGAUAUCAGGAGCUAUGAGCUGAUUCUCUCUCUGAAUUGAACCUGUUGCUCUGGGCUGUAUCUCUUGAUUGCACCAGGUCCUUUCUCCUGUUGUACCUCUCCAAAAUGUCCUGCAGGUUGUCCUGGAGUCCCUUCGGCCCUGAGAGGCUCUGGAGAUGAGGGCAGUGUGUGCAGUGUGUUUUGAUAAGGGUUACAGUAUCUGCAAGUCAGCACAGGAGCAGGGAAAACUUUCUAUCCGGAAAGAAUGAAUUGAAUGGAAUCCGCCUACCUUUUAUUAUCAACUGCUGCAUGUAUUAUCUACAGUCACAGCACCAAUGCUAACUGAAAUUACUCCCCCUCCACCAUCGCCAGGCCCCAUCUCCCUCUUACCCACCUUUUAGGGGGUAUAUUAAAUCACGUAUUUGCUAGAGGGAUUAGAAAAAGGUUACUGCUCAUUUCAAAUAGGGUGGUUUUGUUAACUCCUUUAACACCCUGUUGGUGAUGGGGGUGAAAAUUGGAAGUCUAGGAGUUCGUUAUUUGAUAUAUUGUUAUUAGCUAAUACCAUUAUUGAAGUUCAGUUCGAAUAGCAAAAUAGGUAAAAAAAAAAAUAAUAAUUUAAAAAAGCUAUUAGAAAAAAAGUGAUUCUAUACACAUGAUUAGAUGUAUGUUUGUUUUUGUGUGUAUACAUGUGUAAAUAAAAAAAACAGUAAACAUUAUACACGAAUGAAUAAAUACAUGCAUUAAUUGAUGGACAAGGUCAGAGUGAGCAAUGAUGAGCAAUAAACCUUUUACUGAUACAAAGACAAUUCAGGCUGGCCAGACAAAGAUUGGAUCAGCACUGUACUUUUUUUAAGAUCCAACUUUAUUAUAUAAAUAAGGACUAAGUUACCUGUAUCCCAAAAGACAUGAAAAAAAAAUACCCCCUCCCCUCCAUUAAAAGCAAAAUUAUGGCUUUUCUUUACAUUUUUAAUUCCUUUAAAUGUUUGUGUUUGUUAAUCUGGUCUUUGUUAGUAAGGCUGAUACAAGGGGAUUGUGUAAAUACAUUUGUUUAAACAUGUAGGGAGAACAUUUGUAUGUUUGCCAGUUUGGAAUAAGAGUGUUUGGAUUUUUUAUAUGUGAGAUUUCCAUUCAUUUCCUAUAGAGUGCAUGAAGCCAGGUCCCAUGCUUUAGGAGAGGGAGGAGAAAGCAGGGAAUGGCUUGUUCCUUGUGAGAAUAGUUAUUUUUCAUCAGUCACUUGCAAUUUGUCUAAGUGGACAGGACAGGACACCAGCAGCCCUGCUGACUGAGGUCACAGUGACAACACAGCUAUGGGGAAGAGCAAAUUGCAUUUACUGACAAACUCACAGAUCCAAAUUACUGCCUUUGCAUGGAAAGGGGGAAGAAGGAGAGGUCCAUGUGACAUGGGGGGGAUAUGAAGGACUUUGACAGGUCUUAAACGGCCUGGCGCCAAGGACUAAGUCUACUUCUAAAAAUAGUAAACGGAUGAGGAGAAGAGAUGGGUGAAGAUUAAAGGAAGAAAAAUUAGGGAGAAUGGGACCGUGGGAUGGGGGACACUUUAAAGAAAUGAGUCUGGAACUCAGAAUGUUUCUUUAAACUUUUUUGAUGAUACAUUUAUUUAAACCAAUUUACUGGGGAAAAAAAUCAUUUUUUAAAAAAAGUUGUUUUUGUUUUUUUUUAAAGAGGAACCUUUAGAUUAUAGCUUCAAAUACACGUUUCCACUGUGUGUGGAUGCUGUUAGGCUUGGAUGAGAUGGAGGGGUACAUUUUUCCUGAUUAAAAUAUUGAACUUGCCCUUAAUUAAGUUGAAUAUAUUCGAUAAAACGAUUUAAUUCACUGCUUGGCUUUAAUUACUUUAUAGAAUUCUCUAUUUUGGCGUUUUUACUCACCUCCUCAGAAAAUGAAUGAGUAUUUUUUGCAUCUCAGCUUUGGGGUAUUGUCUAAAUAUUCCACAGUAUCUUGUGUUUAAACAUUAUCAGCAACAUUCUAUUACUUGUGUUCUAACUAGCCCUUAGUGCUUAUUCACAUUGUCUCUACUAAAGGGAUAAAGCACAGGAAUUCAAAAAAAAAAAAUCACACGUGAUUCAGACACUGAGAGUUCUUUUUCGUGGAUGAUUUGACAAUCAAUUAAUAAGAAGUAGGCCAAACAAACCAACAUGAAAAUGAUUUUCGCCCGAAUUGACCAGCCUUCCAAUUCGGCUAUUUAGGUUUCAUUUUGCAAGUCGGUUAUAAACUCACGACAAACGUUUAAAUACUAUUAUUACAUAAGUGCAUUUACAAAGCAAUAGUGUAGCUAACAUACUUACUCUCUCACUAUUAAUGCUCUAUGACUGAUUUACGUAGAAUGGGCUGAAUAUAUAUCUUAUUUUAUGAGAAUUCUGGCCAUGCCUAAUCAAACAUUACUUUUGCAAGUAAUUUUCUUUUCUUUUAUUAAUCAAAAUCAACAACUAGCAUUCUUAUUAUAUUAUUUUGAUUAAUUUUCCCAAUUAAAAAAAAUGCUUCAAAGAAUGUAUUUUGCUAAUAAAAGGAUAUCCGGUACAAUUAAAUGUAUUCUGGCUCCUAUGCUAGAGAGACAUUUACGUUUACUAGUAGUAUAUAAUAGCAUUCAUUUAAGCAUACAUCACAUUAGUUUCUUUGAAAUACUUAUAGAAUAUAGGUUAUUGGUUGUUUUAUUUAUGUGGAUAUUAUUACAUGCACAAUGGUAUAAAACAUGUAUUAUGCACAAAGUAACCUUCUCCUAGUAAAAAAAAAAAAAAAAAAGACUGAUAUACUCUCUAAUAACCCUAUGAUUAUAAUCAUGAAAAUAUGGCAUUUUAUGCCUUGAAGUUUAUUGAAACAAACCAGUAAAAGAUGCUACUCUUUCCAAUAAUAAUAAUAUUAUUUCCUAUGUUUUACAUGUUAAAGGAACAAUGCAUAGGCUUUCUAACCAUUAAAGUGCUGUACACAAAUUAGCUCAUUCUCUCCUUGUCUACAAUACACAUAUUCUAGAUUCUGGGUCUAAUGAUAGCUUUUGCCAUUAUAAAGAAAUGGCCAGGCAGGAACUAUACAGAGAGAUGUGAAAGCUUUCUAGCUCUUACCUGAAUUCUAUUCAUUCUUUUCAGUGAUCCAUUCAAUACCUGAAAGGUCAUGCAUGCUUUAUACAUGCACAGACAUAUAUAGACACACGUACACAUCACACACACAUGCACAAAAUGUAUAGCCAGUAAACAGCCAUAUAUAUCCAGAUAAGAAGCCUCUCUAUACACACAGCAACACACACAUACAUUGUACAGCACACAAUCAGAAAGCUGCAAAGACGGAUGUCUGUGCAGCAAUGGUAGAGUACGCAAAGAAACACAACAAACAGACACAGACACCUAGUGCAAUGCCACUUUCACUGUUUGUCAUUUGAGGAUACUCUCAACCUCCCUUUAGUUAACAUGCCCCAUCAAUAGAUACAAUGUUAUUCUUGAUAAGAGCAAUAAAGUCCUAGCAACAAUUACACAAUGCCGUGUUGUAAGAGGUCCUGAUUACACUUGUAUAAGUCGGUUUUAAUUCUCCAGCGGCGCCAGAGUCAUUGCAAGGUAAGGGAGAGCAAGGGGCAGGACUGGAGGGAGACAAGACAUGACACCUUGUGUAACAGGCCUGAUGCCUAUCUUUGCUCUCACACUUGUCCCAUAUGCUGUCCCUAAAAGUCUGAGCAAGGCAGACUCUGACACUAUCUUAUCUGCCUCUUACGUGACAGGAGGGACAGGCUUGUGUGUGCCAAUAAUUCGUUUAGAAGAGAAAAUGACAAUGUAUUAAGUAGUGCUCGAUCAGGGAGAUUGUCUGUUGUCAUGUUAACUUGAUUAUAUUAUCAAUGCAUGUUUGCUGGGCAGAUGGUCACAACAUGUCUGGAUCCUGUAAUGACAUCUAACUGGAGAUAUACGUAUAUAUCUUUAUAUAUGUGUGUGUGUGUAAUAUAUAUAUAUAUAUAUAUUGGCCUUUGUAAAUAUAAGCAUUCUGCUGUAUGAGUUGAUCAGAUAAUGGUACAGUACUAUUUGUUUACAGAUAACAAGAUAUAUAUGGCUUGUUUCACACACAUAUAUUGUAUGUGUGUGUAUAUAUGUGUGUGUGUGUGUAUAUACACACACAUAUAUAUAUAUUGUGAAUGUAUAUUUGAGUGUGCAUUUUCAUAUUAAUACUUGUUUGACAACUAAAUGCAGACAAGAAUGUGAAUUUUUGCAGAGACACCAGAAGUCCCAGACAGCAAGCAUUGCCCAUUAUGACUUAAUUGUGUUAGCUGUUCAGCUAUUGUUGUAAGUGUAGGAUGAGUGCAGUUUAGAUGCAGAGGAGAUAGGACACCCUUGUUUUGUAUUCUAGUGGGCAUUUAAUGGCCAUGAGGAGAUCAGACAGGGUAGGGCUCUGAUCACUGGAGAAUCCGGCUGACAGACAUUUUUUUUCCCCUCUGCUCGGGAGCAAAGAGACCAGCAUUUGGAGGGCGCUGUUUGAAGAUUUUUUGGGUAAAUAUGAAGUGACAAGAGACGGUUCUUAUUGUAAGACGUCAGCAGACUGGCGCCAAGCGGCUCUUUAACAAACUGAGCCCCAGUUAAUCAGAACGGAUCUAUAAAUGGACCUCUUAAAGGGACAGAGCCAGGCUGCAGUGUGUGUGUGUGUGUGUGUUUGUAACAUGACAACUUUCUAUAGGAAGUAUAAACAGCCAGGAAGCACCAACAAGCAGAUCUACUAGCUACAGCAAAAGCACACAUGCAUUAAACCCAGAGAGAUGUUUUAUUAUCAUUAUUAAUGAAACCAAUCACAUCCCCAUUUAUAGACAGCAGCACAAAGUCAUCUUUGUUUCAUUAGAUACAAACCUCUAAUUAUUAUCCCCUCUCCUGUUAUGUGUCACAGAGCCUAUUGCUGAGAAGUCAUCUUAGACUUCAUGAAACCAUUCCCAAGAUGCACUGAUAAACCCAUCUGACAGGGGUUAGGGAAGCUGGGAAUGCUGUCCUUUUAACCCUAUUAGACACAUUCCAGACACAUGCUACGAGUGGUGGGUUGUGUCAUAGAGGAAGGUUUAUAAUAAAGAGAAUAUUAUUUGUGAUGCACUGUAAUAUGUAUCAAAUAUGUCAUUGUCAUCUUGCAAUUAUAUGGAUUUGGCUUAUAUUAGACAAAAAAUAUCUGAGGCAGUUUUUCAGUCAUCACUCACCCCCAUUUUUCUUCAUUAUUCUGGAUAUCCAUUCACUUGUGCCUCUUUCCCAUCCGAAGAAUGCUUCUUCCCUAACUGAACUGUGCAAAUGACCUCAGGGGCUGGAUUUAAAGCGGCGAUGCCCCAAAGCUCAGUAUUCUAGUUUCCCCUUUACAACCAGCAGGAGGGAUGUACCCAAACACAACAGUGCAUAAGAAAGAAUGGGGGAAAUAUUCCAGGCAACAAUAACACUACCAGCACGUAUGGUAUGCUAACGACGGAUUUCUUCCAGUAUAUGCCAGUCUGUGGAGUUUGGAGAAAAAAAAAAAAGCAAACAUGCGUGUACUUUUUGUAGGGUGUAGGGUGGGCCCCACCUCUCUUACUGCAGCUAACAUGCAGCUACACAAUAUAGACACAGACAUCAGCUUUAAUUCAUUCUAACUCCGUGAGUCCAGCAGCGUUACAGAUCCCACAAGAAGUAGAAAAGUAAAGGUACUCCCCUAAAAACCCACAAAACCGUGUUACACGUUAUUAAAGACCGUGCUAUGCUCUGUGGGGGGUUGUGUGUGUGUAUAAAUUGCAUUAAAAAGAAGAAAAAGUGUGUGUAUAUGUAUGUGUGUGUGUUUUUUUUUAUUCUUUAUCAUCUAUUUUAUUAUAUAGAUUUAUAUGUAAUAAUAUGACUGAAAAUAAUAGGGGCUCAGAACUGACACAUUUAUAUAUGUAUGUAUUUCCCCUGCUCCCUACUUGGUCCCCCAUGAAGCAUCUCACCCUGCCGGCUAGGGGAUCUGACUCAGCCCGGUGUGCAGGACGCUGCUGCUCCUGUGGGUGGAGAUUUGAAGCCCUUUCCCUCUGUCAUUGGUUAAUAUUUUAUUCUGUUGACAUGUUUUCUUACUGCCGAUGCUUCCGACACCUUCCUUUUUUUUUCUCUCCCCCCUCACUCAUCCAGAUCUUGGCCUGAGCUGUCAAAACCCCGCCUAUGGAGAUCCACAAUUGGUCCAAAAAGCGUAAAAUCAGCAAUCAAGGGGGCUUGGCUCAUUAGCAAGGGGAUCAGAGCAGGAAGGACAUGUGAGAUAGUCACAGUUUUACAGAGAUCACGACAAGAUUCUAACCCAUUCCCACUCACAUCUUACACCAUGACCAGCAGGACUCACACCACCACUACUUUAUCUCCCUAAAACUCACCACUGGACUUUUUAUUCUUCACGGUUUCCACCAAUAUCAUCUAAAGAAAAGACAAAACAAGAGGGAAACUAAACAGAAAAAAAACAAAACAGUUACUUUUCUCUACUGUGGAAGAACUUGCCUUAUUCAUUUUCUCCUGUAAGAUUCUAAGGAAGAUCUGCAGCCUGGAAGUGAAUAGAACGAUCCCCUGUGCACUGGGACUGUUCCACUGGACACUGUGAGAUUCUAGAACCCAGGACCAGGCUAGCUCUGGGUUAACGUUCGAUCUGUACUUCCCGGGGAGCUACACGUUCUUUCCUGGAUUUUUGGAUGCACCGAUGAGAGAUCCAGCUUUCCCGGGGACUGCGAUGGCUUAUCACCCUUUUCACGCUCCCAGACCAGCCGAUUUCCCCAUGUCUGCUUUCCUAGCAGCCACCCAGCCCUCCUUCUUCCCGACUCUGGCUCUGCCCCCGGCUGCUCUGGGAAAGCCCCUCACAGACCCCAGCCUGGCUGGAGCAGCUGAAGCUGGACUGCACGUCUCGGCCCUGGGACAUCACCACCAAGCGGCCCAUCUGCGCUCUCUCAAGAGCCUGGAGCCUGAGGAGGAGGUGGAGGACGACCCCAAAGUGACCCUGGAAGCCAAGGAGCUCUGGGACCAGUUCCACAAAUUAGGCACGGAAAUGGUCAUCACCAAGUCAGGAAGGUGAGUAUUGAAUGACUCUAGACACAGGGGUAAACUAGCCCUGUAACGCUUUUAGAAUGUGUUUCUAAUAUUAUUAUACGUUUUUUUGUUAAAUAUCUAAAAUCAUUUAAUGCAAUUUAACCACCUCCAAUAUAGGUCCACAAAGGCUAGCAUUUUACUAAAUGUACUGGAGAAAAAAAAAAUUAUUAUUUUUUUUCUUGCUUUUAAAUAAUUGUUCAUUUAAUUGUGGCCCCUGUAGCCAUAGACUUGGCAGCUGGUUUUGUGCUAAUAUUUUCUAGAAAAGCUGUAUGGAGCUUUAAUAAAUAAUGAGCACUGGUAGUGAAAUACUGAGUGUACAACGCAAAUUGUACUUUCAGAAUCAACCGAGUGAGUUGCACGAUUUGCAUGAACUGGGCUCAUUUGGUUAUAUAACUGUUCAGGGUACAUGUUUAAUGUUAUUAAGGCACGAUCACUUAAAAUGAUUAUUCAACACUUGUAUAUAUGAGAGCACAUUAACUCCAGUUUUCAUACAGUGUUUAAUGCAAAGAUACAAUACAGAAAACACACAGAUCUCCAAAUAAAAAGUGCUCGUGUGUGGAUUUUCUGCUUUUACUUUCACCGAUCAUUAUGUUAGUCCUGGACCUGAGGAACACAAAGGGGAAAUUUAAAGGGCUUCUAUGUUUUAACCCUAGCAAUCCGAGUGCAGAGGAGUUUGCACGACAUUAACCUUUGCUUGAUCUGAAAUGUGCAAAUUAUAUAGUCUAUAUAGUCUGAGCUUGAGAAACCAUUAUCUCCCUAUACCUCAAUGUAAAUCAUUAAAAUUACAUUAAUUCUCCUCUAGUGGCUUAGUUUAGUGUAUGUUUCUCUACAAAGAGGCCUGUAAAUGUAAAUUAAUUAUGCAUAUGUUUAAACAACUAUAUAUAUAUAUAUAUAUAUAUAUAUAUAUAUAUAUAUAUACUAUGUAUAUGUAACAUAUUAUAUAAGUGCACAUACAGUGUAAUUAAAUUUAAAAAAAAACCAUAACCAUAUUACAGGACUUCUUGUUAUUAAUGUAGUAAAUCCAGUUUAAUACAAUACAUCUGUUGUGUUCCUGUACUGCUCUUUAAAUCGAGUUUUACACCAUUUUAAUGUGAUAUAUGCAUGUGGCUUCUUUUGUUCUGUUGCAGGAGAAUGUUUCCUCCAUUUAAGGUUAGAGUGAGUGGUCUGGAUAAAAAGGCCAAGUACAUUUUAUUAAUGGAUAUCGUUGCAGCUGAUGACUGUCGAUAUAAAUUCCAUAAUUCGCGCUGGAUGGUGGCUGGCAAGGCAGAUCCAGAAAUGCCGAAACGUAUGUACAUUCACCCUGAUAGCCCAGCCACCGGGGAACAGUGGAUGGCAAAACCUGUUGCAUUUCACAAGCUAAAACUCACCAACAAUAUCUCAGACAAGCAUGGCUUUGUGAGUAUCAAGUGUGAUCUAAUAGCCUUAUCGUAUAGAGAUAACCAACUGUAAAAUGCUACAAUGUAUAUCAAUCGAUUAACCCUUCUGGUGCCUGUGUCCUCUCACCCUCCCUCUUUUUAAUCCCUAAAUGCUUUUAAAAACUAUAGUAUGCAAUCACAUGAUGAUGCCCUAUACACAAGUCUUAGCUGAUAUUGGGAGAUAAUUAAAUUUACUACAGCGAUUUGCAGCUCUGUAAAAGAUUUUAUACAGGAAAUCUCUUUAAAACAUUUUUUUUUUUAAAACAUUAGUACACAAUACAAUUAUCUCCUUACUCACAAACUAUCAGAGCGAGGUGCAGUUUACAGUUAUCUCCAGACUGGUGGUUACAAUACCCCUAUUCUACCUUCCCUAUCAGUUUGAUGUUAUUAUACAAAUUAAACAUUCUUUAAAAAACAAAAACAACAAAAAAUGUGUUGUUUUUUUACACGCGCUGUAAAAAUAUAUACACAAUGUGUAACCUUGUUUAAGGUGGGAGAGAAUUCAAAAAUAUAUACAUGUUGAAGCAAAUGUUUAUACACUCCCAAAAUAAAAUACUUAUAAGAGUUCCUUCUCGUCCAAAUAUUAGGCUCCAGUUUGGUCGAAAUUCCUUAUGCAUUGUUAGUAUUAUUUUUAGAUCUGAAUUUAAUAGCUAUGUGUUCUUGCCAGCAUUGUGAAAAUGUGUUGUGUUACAUCAGGAUACUGUGAUAGAUUUUCCUGCUAAGGACUGGAUUCCAGUAUGUUAUUCUUCAAUAUGCAUGCAAUCAUUGCAUUGCACACAUACAUGGGUCUAGAUUUUAUUACGUUACAGGAGAAUAUUCAAGUUUAACUGCUUUGUGAAUUUGGUGUGCCAUUUCGCCUAAGCAGAAAGGGAAACGAUGACGUGAAAAUUAAAUCUAUAUAAUUAUAUAUACACAUAUCAUCUAAAUCAAAAUCUAAUCUUAUGGCUGACGUUUCAGAGUAGGUAAGAUAAAAUCGUACUAGGUAAUUUUCUUAGUAUAAAAUCUGCCAUAGAUUUCCUUUAAAUCUGUAAAAUCUUAGGAUUAAAUAAAGCUGUGGAAAUAAGGUCAGCUAGACUGGGCUGUGUGAAUGGGGUUCAGUGUGGUGGGUAAGUAGUUGCAGUCUCCACGGAUCGCUUAAGAUGCAGACAGACAGGGAAUGAAAAGUAUAGGGGCCACUUAAAGUCAGCCCUUAAGUAUUUUGCUAUAUAUCCCUUAAGUGUAGUUUAGAGGUGGGGUUGGAAUCUUGUUCAAUAAACAAGUAGUCAUGGCCACGCCACAGGUGUAUACAAACCUUAACAGUCGAAACGUUGUUCUUUCUUCCUCAGGUAGAAGAGUUAAAAGCAUUGUAGAAAAAAAACCUCUUAAAUUAUCUUCAUUAUGGGCAUGGGUAAGAAAGCAAAUCUGACCCCUUGAUUUCAUAGAAAUGAAAUCUCCCUAUUCUUGCUAAAUCCAAGGUUUUUUGGUGUCAAUACAAUAUUUAUUUAAGACUUCACUUGUCUGAUUGUCCCUCCUUCCAGACAAAUUAGAAGCUUCCUGUGUCUUACUGGAGUAUAUUUGUCUAUCCACAUUUAGCAUAGUGUCCCUGCCUUUUGACAAGCAGUUAAGUAGAUAAAAGAGAAAGUUGGGCAAUUGCCUUUUUUGAUAUGGUAAUUAACAGGAUUUAAAUACAUACCCUGUGAAUUUAUGUAGCAAUUAGUUCGACAGACAACAAGCAAAACGUCUAUUUCCAAUAAUAUAUAGCUUAGCAUUGGCCACUAGUGAGUUUUCGUCUUUUAACCUGCUAAUUGUUGUUAUCUUUGAAAAUAAAAAAAAUAUACAGAAUUAGAUCAGUGAUAUGUUUCUUAAUGAGAAACCCUAGCUCUCGAAUUAACCCCUUCAUGUUCUUUGGACCCACAUUAAUCAGACAUAGAAUAAUAUUUUUUUUUAAUUAGUAGUUUAAUAUAUUAAAAAUAUACUUAUUAGUGUAACAUCGAGGGAAAAAUUCAAAACUGUAACCCGAAGGGUUUUAUUACCAACAUGAACUUGUUUUGAAACCAUAAAAAAUGGAUCUGUAUGUAGAUUCUAGCUGUACUUGUAGUCUGAUUGAACUGUGUAUAUCUUAUGGAGCGACACAACUAAAAUAAAAUCUAUUUCACAGCAUACAGUAAUAUACUGCUUAAAUUUCUUGUAAACGCACAGCCCAACAUUUAGCUGUUUCUCCCAACCACCAGUAGACUAUUAAUUUCUGCGAUUUGUAUCAAACCUAAGAGUUGGUGGUAGGUUCACUAAACACUGACUUGGUAACUGAACACUUAUCCUAUGAACAAACUAGAUGAUUGGAGAAUGAAAUCUCCAGUUAGGCUGAUAUAAGGAUAUUUAUACUAAUCAGUAUUUGUUUUUUAAGCUUGCAUGUUAUAAAUCGAUACGCAAUCGUUAUAACUCGCUGCUUAGUAAAUAUACCCCAUGUCAUAAUUCUCAGAUGGCAAUCUUUUCACAUUUUGCUUGAAAUCCAAGUAUCAGAGGUAAUAGCAUCAAAACUGGAUUAGUUUCCCCUCCAAAUCUAUUCCAAACUGGCCUUGCUUUGCCCCGAAUUAAUUUUAAUUCCAAACAUGUCAUAACAGCUGACAGAUCUUUAAGAGUUUUCCAAGAUAUAGAUCCUAUACCAAACAUACACAUUCAGUUGGCAGAAGCUAUGAUUCAAUGUUAAAACUAUUAUUUAUACAGUGAGCUUUAAAUUGAACACAAAACGUCUAUAGGAUUUAGAAUAUUUUAACCCAGCUCUUUUUUUUUUUGUUUUUUUUUGUUUCUGUAUGCAGAAAAAUCUAUGUAAUUAAAGCAUCGGCUCUAGAAUCAGCGCUUUGCCUCAGAUCUGAUAUUCAGAGUUGUUGUCUAUUAAAUUGGAUAGUAUACGAUUUAAUCAAUGCCCAUCUGUACACCCUAAAAUUUCCAGCCAGAUGAAUAGGCUCAUACAGGAGGGAUUUGCACGCUUGGAUAGAAUUGCUGUUACAUUAAUUUUUUUUAUAAUUUUUUUUUUUUGCUAAUGUAGAUUUCCAAUGAUAUAACAGUAAUCAGAUCGAUUCGUUUUAUGACACUUUAAGCAUAUUUCUUUCACCCAGACUUUUUAAUCUUUUAUGAAACAAAGAUAGCAUUUCAUUGAGUUAUGCAAUAUCCUCUGACCACAAAAAGGGAUUUUCCUCUGAAUACAUUAUAUUUACAAAUAUUGUAAGACAAUGUAACUGAAAUGAAACUGUAUUUUUUUUUUUAGUAUAUUAAAUUUGAUAGUAAGUACAUGCAUAAAAGGUGUCAGAUUGUGAUAUUAUUCUGACUUAUAAUGUGCUCAUGAUUUCAGUUAUGUUGAAAUUGUCCAUUAUUAGAUUAAAUGGUUAAACUAUUUUGUUAAUAGUAUUUUUUUGAAUUUUUUAUAAUAUUGCACUUUUAAUUUAUUAACCACGAUAUAAACUGACGGUAUGUGCCAAAUUAAGUAAGACUUGUUAAUCAAUAUUAAGGUUUGUACUAUAAUUAAUAUAUAUAUUUUUUCCUUUCUUUUUUCCAGACUAUAUUAAAUUCCAUGCACAAAUAUCAGCCUAGGUUCCAUAUAGUAAGAGCCAAUGAUAUUCUGAAACUCCCCUAUAGCACGUUCAGGACCUAUGUAUUUCCAGAAACUGAUUUUAUAGCAGUUACAGCCUAUCAGAAUGAUAAGGUAAGAUAAAUCCUGCUUGCAUUCUGUAAUCAAAGCAAAUAGUACCUGUUAGUCGAUAAUUAUAUACAAACAUACCAGCUGUGUCAAAAAUACCAUAUAUAUACAUAUCUAGGUAUAUUCCAUGGGACUGUACAACCCAGAAUCAGGUUUAAAAUAUUUUAUUUCAGUCACGUGAUGUUUCUUGGCUUACUGCACUGUUUAUUCAUGAGUUCUGCCUUUUUUUUAUAAUUAAAAUAAUUUUGAUUAAAAUUAGAUUUUUUUUUUUUUUCUAAAGGUUGAUUUGUAACACAACAGCGUCAGUGUGGUAUUUUAUAGAUCUACAUUGAUGGUAAAUUUAGAAUUAAUAAUAUAUUGUGUGUAUACGUUUUAUGACGUGCAGUUAAUUAAAAUAAAUGAUUUGUGGUAUGUUGGAAAGAAUAUUAUUAGGCCAAUUCAUAUGUUGUGGUUGGUAUAGUGCAGGUGGCUUUUUUAUUUUAUUAUUAUUUUCCUAAUUGUCAUUCUGUUAAAAAAAAAAAAUGCAUUUAGGCCAGAGACCUGUGUUUUAUUUUUUUUCCAUUUUCAUGUUAGACUGUGGACAGUAUGUAUAGUUAAUUGACACUGGCUGUUUUUUUUUGGCUUUCUUUAUGUCAAUAAAGCUAGUAUUCCAUUAAGAUAAUCUUUAUGUUCGAUAUGAGGCAGCCACACACAUGUACAUAGGGCUCUCUUCUGUCCAAGAUACAGGACACACCUUCACCCCUUGCUGCUGAUGUUAAUUGACAGAUCUGUCUGAGGGUCCGGGUGGGCUUGUUCCAAUCGUAAACUUUAUGGCACAGAGUCACGAUCGAUUAAAGAACACUUAGACUGCAGCCAAGCCACAACCUGUCCAUAGACUGAUAGGGCAGAGAAGCAUCUUGCUUGAGAUUGGGUUUCUCAUUAAGAUCUUUAAACUGGUGUCUGCAUCAGAUUAACCCGCUGACUGUCUGCAGGCCUUCUUACUAGGGGUUAACUCUGAUUUUAUUUAAGUCUCCCUACAUUAUUUCUGUUCUAAAAUAAUUUUUAAUUGCUCAUAGUUAGAAAAAAAAAAUCUGAUCUUUGCUCUGUUUUUUAAAAAAUAAAUAAAAUAAUAAUCCCCACCUAACUCUAUUUUUAAUGUGGGAAUUAAAAUUGGAAUAUAAACAAAAAUAUUAAAUAUUUACCUUAGCAAAUAUGCUUUUUUUCUGCAUUUCUCGCUAUUUAUAACGCUUUUACUCUGCAUAUGCAAGUCUGCGUUAGCAACUAACUUUUUUUUUGUAUAUUUCAUUCAAAUAAACAUCAUAGCAUGAAUUUAAUAUAUGUGUGUAAAAUAUAAUUUAAUAUUUAUUUAAUUUUGUUUAUGUAGAUUUCCUGCAAUUUAAGAUCAGAAUAUAUUGUGUCUGUGCCAUUAAAGAGGAAAUGCCAUAUCCCCCCACAAAUCUCAAUUAUUUAAUGGAUUUUUAUUUUUUUUUAUAAUUUAAGCUUACGUUAAGGUUGCUUAUUAGUGGAAAUACCUUACAAACAAACAAAACGAAAAAUCAAUUUGUUUGUGAAAAUAUACCAUAAAGAAAUUCAGACAUGCAUUUUUAAAGAUGGCAUCUAUAAGGGGACAUAUUUCAAAAGUAUGAAUUAUUAAUUGACCUAAUGUGGCCUUGCACCAUAAGUCAGUCUUAUGUGAGUGGUAAGAAUAGCUUCUAACCAACACAGCAAUGCUUAGUCGCCAUGUUUCCUCCAGGGGGCUCUGAAAAAUAACUUGCUAUCAUUAAAACUCUAUUAAUAAUUCAAGCAAAACCUCAGCAUCAUUUUUAAUAAAGAAUGUGGUGUGUUAAACCAGGAAGGCUGUGUGUUCUAAACUGUUUGAAAUGAGAACUUGCCUUUAGGAAUGGCUCAACCCCUCUCACUGUGUGAACCAGAAAGGGGGGUACGGGGGGAGGAUUAAAGAAUCGAAUACAUUUAUUUACAAAUAAAACAAAAAACAAAUAUGUUUGGAAUGUCAAGUGUAUGAUUAACCCUUUCAUUGACACGUGAAAACAAACAGCCUCACUAAGCCAGACUUUGCUGUAAGAAUAAUCAUGUUGUAUGUACAACGUAUUGUAGCAUAGCAUGCUCACUGUCCAAACCAGUGUGUGUUUAACCCGUGUUGCUCCUGGACACGUUUAACCCUUUCUUUACCCUAGCGACACCAAGACAAUGUUGAAGUAUAUUUGUGGCCAUCUGCUUGCCAUUAGUUUUGUUAAUUUAUGUUUAUGGUUUGUAUCUUUUUCAGAUCACACAACUUAAAAUUGAUAAUAAUCCUUUUGCUAAAGGAUUUAGAGACACGGGUAAUGGAAGACGAGAGAAAAGGUAAUUACAAAAAUAAUUAAAUUCUUCCCUAUUAAAAAAGUUCCAUCUAUAUUUCUGUAUUUUUAUUUUUUUAUUUUGUACAUUUGUAUGAUUAUUGAUUAUUUAUUUAAAUUUUUUUAAAUUUGUCAAUGCCAAUAAAAUGCUAGACAUAUAAUAUUAAAUUGUAAAGAGUGACAUUAUAGUGAGUCCAUAUGUACUGUUGAGCUUACUGUUGAGCUCUGCAGGCAGUGUUUAACUAUAUCUUCUCCUGUUUAUUUCUCCAUUAAGGAAACAACUGACGCUUCCAUCCCUGCGGAUGUACGAAGAUCAGUGCAAGGCAGACAGGGAUGGAGCAGAGUCUGAUGCCUCUUCUUGUGAUCCUGCCCCAGGCAGGGACCCUCUGCACUCCCCCCUGAGUACCGAGCCCAGCCCCCUGAGACUCAGCCGCAACAACAGAGGUAAAGACCCUUCACCCACAACAUAUGGCGCUGCUAUCUCAGACAGCAGGCCGCACUGUCCACUGCUUCCUAUGUUAUUUAUUAAUGCUACUGUUCUAAUGUACGAUUGGUUUGAUUCUUAGUAUUUCUGGCUGAGUCUACUGUUUCUUAUAAUUCUGAAAUACACUAUGUAUCUAUCUAAUUCUAGUCUGUCUAUCUCUACAGUAUUGUUACAAUAUAGCUGAACUAAUUCUCCAAAUUAGAUUUUUUUUUUUUCUGGUUCUGCUAAUUGAGUCUACAUUUUCCAACUGUUAAUUUACAGGUGGAUAUUUUUAACGAAUCUAAAUAAAUAAAUAAACCUAGUAGUGUAUAUUUCAUUCCUGCUGGUACAGGGCUAUUAUGUGUACACAUUAUAUUAGAUUUUAUUGUUCUAUGAAGAUGAGACAGGUGGUGGUUGUGAAUAGCAGUGGUUAUAGUAACCGGUACAUGUUUAUGGUGUAUCUUGGACCUAGAUCUCACAUAGUUUUUAAAUGGCAGUGUGUACUUAUAAUAGUGAAUAUUUUUUGUAUGUGUGUAACAUGAUGUUGUGGGUAUCCCAUAAGGAAUACAUUUCCUACUUACUGCAAUCUAGUGCAUGAAUGCCAGGGAAUUAAGUACACAUUAGAAUCCGGUACAAAUCAGAAGGCUGGUUUGGGAUCAGAUAUUAAAUCAGGGGCUUGGUUACAAGGGGUUUCUUUGGAGCCAGUGUCGAUCAGACUAAUACACAUUGCUGUUGUGCAUUAUGGCAAUCUGUUUGAAACUAUUUUAUCAUCUCUUGUCACUGCAGAGUUCCCUGUUACUUAAUACCCCAGAUUGCUCUUAGAUUUUGAUCACUAGUGAUUAUGAUCUGUCUGUUUCACUGCUAUACCACUAAACACCAUAGACUCUGAGCUGUCACGCCACGGGGACUAUUUACUAAACAGUGACUUGUGGCAAGUGUAUAUUCGAUUUGGGAGUGAAGAGUAAAAUAAUUACUGUGCAACAGCCCAGCUCGAUGUUUAACCCUUUAAGGACAAUGGGCCGGGAAAAUACUGUGAUAUCCUAACAAUCCUGACAUGCCAUCGGUCAUAAAAGGGUUAAUAAAUACACCCCUCUGUUAUGUGAGCAUGUCCUGGGAGUGGGAUACAAAUAAUUCUCCCAAAUCAUUUUUUCUUUUAUUUGUUUUCUGAUGUGCAGGGGAUUAAUUACAUUUCACAACUACGGUUUCCUGUAUUUCCAUAUAUUUCCUAUGGGUUAAUAAACGUCCAUUAGAUGCAAUAACAUAAAGAUUUAAAUAAGAAGAAAUGUCUUAUUAAAUGUUCCAUUUUCUUGUGUUGUGUUAGGUGUGGACACAUGUAAAUAUUUUUUAUUCUGCUGUGCAUUUGCCUUUUUCUGGGCAGAGGAGCAGUGAGACUGAAAGGGUUAACAGUGUGUAAGAUAGAUUGGGGGUACAGAUCAGCUACAAUGAUUAGAGAUAGUUUUAAAAUGUAUAGAGGAAUACUCGAUGAGCAUGUUACUUUAUCGUCAAAUAUAUUGUAUACUCUAUAACAGGCAUAGGCAACCUUCGGCACUCCAGAUGUUUUGGACUUAACCUCCCAUGAGGCCUUGCCAGCAUUAUGGGUGUAAGAGCAUUAAGGGGGAUGUAGUCCAAAACAUCUGGAGUGCCUGCUCUAUAAUGUAAUACUGUAAAUAAUACAUACAGACUGGUUAUGGUUUGAUCUGUAAACUGUACUCGGUCUGGGCUUACUACACUUUCUAUAUCCCUAUUCCAGAAGACAAAUUCGGAGUGGACAGUGACCAGGAAUUAGACAGACGGGAAGUAAGGAGUGCGAGAGGUCACAGCCCUGGGGGAGUCCAUUCUAGCCCCAGCAGCCCCAAGCUGGAGGAGAGGAGCAAAGAGAAGACCCCCUCAGAGAAGAAGACAGAGUCUCCAGACACCCGCAAGGACAGUGACAGUAUCUUCAGUGUCAGGAAUCUAGAGAAGGACAGACUGGAGAGCAGGCGGAAAGAGGAAUCUAAAAACGAUCCAGAAUGUGGAAGUUUAAGUAAAGAGACCUUUGCUCCACUCAUGGUACAGACUGAAAGCCCACCACACCUGAGUGCCAGUCACCUGCAGAGCUUGGCUUUGUCUGGCCUGCACAGCCAACAGUUUUUUAACCCCUUGAAUGCUGGACAGCCGCUCUUUAUCCAUCCAGGACAAUUUACAAUGGCCCCAGGGGCUUUCUCUGCUAUGGGCAUGGGACAUUUAUUGGCCUCAAUGACAGGAGCAAGCGGACUGGAGAAUGGAGCUCUCUCUGCUGUACAGGGGGCCGCAGGAGCAGCUACCCCUUUCCCAUUCCACCUGUCUCAGCACAUGCUGGCCUCUCAGGUAAGCAGUAUGUCUGUUUGUAUGUCUCCACUGGAGAUCUGAAUGAGGAUCCCACCAUUGCUUUGCAGUAAUCCAUAGGAGAGAAUCUGAGAUCUAUUGCAUCACAGUGUAUAUAGAAGUAGAAAUCUGCAUGUCUGAAUGCAUGUAAGCACUGGCACAUGUAUAGCAGUCACUAAUGGGUAUCCAUACAUAUGUAUCCAUCGGAGAUCUAGCUUUCAAAAACUUAUCUGCUUGUUCAGCUUGGAGCCCACCAUUGCUGUGCUGUAAUGUAAAGCAGAGAAGCAGAGAUACCUUGUAUCAAAGAGACUGAAAUGUACGUGUAUGUAUCCACUGGGGAUCUGGGCUAAUAGGGCUUUCCCCCUUUCUGGAGCUUUGAGCCCACCAUUGCUUUGCAGUAAUCUGAAGCAGUGAAGCAGAUAAUACAUUGUACCACAGUGACUGAUGUGAAAGUCAUUUGACAUCUUUACCCGUUUAAAAUAAGGAUAGGACUCAGUUUAAGUCUUUGGCAAACAGGCGUUUUGUAACCUUUUGAUUUUCCAGCUGAACGAACUUGAUACAGAGUUUUCAGAUAUCUCUGGGCAUUUUCUCUGUCUUUUUAGAAUGGACCUGGGGAUCAUAUUGAUGUAAGAUACAAUUUCUCCUCAACUCCGAGCGAGCUGUUCAGACGGCUCUGCUAAUUCCAGCUCCAGAGAGACAGGCAAAUCUCUGAUACUGGAUACUGAGAUAAUAUUAUCAUCUGUUAACCACUGCUGUGCGAGAAACUACUAAACUAUUCAGAAAUAUAUAUACAGUACUUAUUAUUAUUUUUUUUUUAAAUCUUAAGUCCUGGAGGAUAAUAUUAAUUAACCUUAAGACAGUAACGUUUGGGAUAGCUGGUGUGUGUUCUAUUGGUAAUUUAAUUUUACAUUGAAACAAUAGAAUGAAUAUUAGUUUCUAUAUCUGAUGGCCUUAGUUACUUGCUAGUGCUGUCCCUUUAAAUGAGCAUGAUGUCCAAUUUAACUUGGUGACUAUGCAGGAAGUGUUCUGCUGUGUUUAAUGCUUAGAUUGUGUAUUCACAUUUCUGUUAAAAAAAAAAAAAAUGGGUAGUAUUGUAAAGAUAGGUAGUAUAAUAUAGAAGGGUAGUAUAUAUAUGGGUUUUAUUAUAUGGAAGGGUAGUAUUAUACAGAUGAGUAUUAUUAUAUAGAAGGGUAGUAUUGUGUGUAGAUGGGUAGUAUUGUACAGAUGGGUAAUAUUAUUUAGAUAGGUAGUAUUAUAUAGAUGGGUAGUAUUGUACAGACUGGUAAUAUUAUUUAGAUGGGUAACAUUAAAUAGAAGGGUAGUAUUGUGUGUGUGUGUGUGUGUGUGUAUAUGGGUAAUAUUAUUUAGAUUGUAUAGAUAGGUAGUAUUAUAGCUAAUGUGAUAUUAGAGCCACCAUGUAAUAAUUCAGUGCUCUGGCUCCAUGUCUGCGAUUUUGCAGCUCUAGUUAUGAGUAUUAAAAUAACACUGGUAAUGUUGUGUGUUUGUAGCUCAGUGUGUUUACACAGUGCCCACUUGGUAUCAUUAUUUCUGGAAUUGUUGUGUAUUUUGUGGAUGCAAUCUCCAUGCCAGGAUGUCAGAAAUUGAAGUAUUGUUUUGUUUUUGUGCUCUAGGGGAUCCCGAUGCCUGCAUUUGGAGGGCUAUUCCCUUACCCCUACACCUACAUGGCGGCAGCAGCUGCAGCAGCUUCUGCGAUGCCAGCCACCAGCGCUGCCACCACUAUGCCAAGGAACCCCUUCCUCACCUCCACCAGGCCUCGCCUCCGCUUCAGCCCUUACCAGCUCCCUGUUACCAUCCCUCCCAGCACUAACCUCCUGACCACUGGAUUGCCAGCCAACCUGAAUCCGGGUUCAGAAAGCUCCAAGCCUGGCAGCAGCCGGGAGUCCAGUCCCAUCCCAGACACUCCUGUCCACAAGAGGUCUCACUCAAGUUCUCACUCCCCCAAGACCUCCAUGAAGGAUUCCAUCAAUGAGCUGCAGAACAUCCAGAGACUGGUCAGUGGGCUGGAAAGCCAGAGAGAGGUCUCACCUGGCAGGGAGACACCGAAGUGACCUGCAGCCUACGUCACUCACCAGAGCCACAAAGGCUCAAAAGCACUGGGAUUUUGUACAGCACAGCAUAACUAUUUAUUGAAAAGAAAAGAGGGGAAGCGACAAAAAAAAACAACAAAAAAAGAAAGAUUACUGAUUAUAACCUAACCACACACUGAAAACCCACCAAAUAUCCAAUUAUGUCACUAAUGAAGGUCAAGUGGAAAAUGUAUGUGUGAGAUAUAUUCUAUAUCUCUAUCUCUCGCAUCAGAGGGCACAUCUUCAUAAAUGGACAGUGGACAAUGUUUAUGGGGCAUCAAUGACUCAUUGUAAUGGUGCUAUUGUGAAGGAGCUCCCCUGUAAUAUAAGGAAUUGCUCAAGAAUGCAGAGACUGAAUGAAAUAGAUGAUGGACAAGUCUAGAGAAGAAAAUUCCUUGGAUUUCUUCUUAAAAAGGGGUGGGGGUGUAUGGAAGUGUUUCCUUAAAGCUGACUAUUGGAAGCACUAGCCAGUUAUGAAAAUAUGCCUAAUCUGAUUGAUUGUGACUGAAAAAAGAAAAAAAAAAAAAAGAAAAUAAGCAUAAUAACAUAUAAUAUUUGCAUUGGAAAAAAAAAAGUGCUAUUUUAAGCUGAACUCAGAUACUGCAUCUUUCACCAAAUCAGAAAAACAAACUGGCAUAGUGGCAGUAACCUACCUACUUGUAUGCCAGAAAUAUUUAUGAAAAGUAGUAAUUUGUGUAAAUAAUCUAUAAGGAUCCCAAAAUAUGCAAAUUGGUAUUAAUUUAUUCAGAGUUGUACAUGGUGUGUACAUAAUAUUUAGAGAAUAAUUCAUUUCAUUUAAUUUUCAUUUUUCCCCAUUUUACAUGAAACAUAUAUAUUGUAAAUUAAAACAUAUUUAGCUCAUUGUGAUUGAAGGAGAUUCAGUAUGGUUUCUUUAACUGUGUUUUUAUUUUUUAUGUUAUUUUAUUGUAUUUUAUUUUUCUCCGCCUGUUGUUUAGGACAAUCAUGUGCCAUCCUUGCAUUCAGUAAAAGUUUGUUUUUAAAAGUUUUAAUAUAUCCCUGAAGUCAUUUGCUGAGUGGGGUAUUAAUGCAGGAAUAAACCUCAGGAUUUUGUUUCACUCCAGUUCAAUUAAAAAAAAGAAAGAAUUAUCACAAACUGUGCUAUAUUUGUUUAAUAAUACAUGAUUUGAAAUGUCUGGUUACUCGGGUAUCUUAUCUGUUCAUUUUUUUUUUUUGAAAAUUCUCACAUCUUUCAAUAAAAAAUAUUAAAAUA